AUGGGGGGUACCUGGGUGCAUGUGGGGGGCCACAGGGGCAUGUGGGACCACUGGGGGCAUGGGGGGGCACAGGGGGCAUGGGGGGACACCAGGGGGCAUGGGGGGUACCUGGGGUCCAAGUUGUUCCAGCGCCUGGCCCAGAGCCAGCAGGAGCGCUGGCUGCUCCAGGAGAAGGUGAGGCACCUGGAGGUGUCGAGCGCCUCCAUGGCCGAGGACCUGUGUCGGAAAAGCGCCAUCAUCCAGAGCUUCGUCAGGGACAGCCGGCUGGAGGCGGUUCCCCCCUCGGCUCCCACCCCCCGCCGGGGGGGCCCGGGGGAGGAGGGGCUGCGGGAGAUGAACAAGAAGCUGCAGAACCUUCUGGAAGAGCAGCUCACCAAGAACCUGCACCUGGCGCAGGACCUGGAAUCGUUGUCCCAGGAACUGGCCCAGCUCAGGAAGGACCAAACAGCCCCCCCCGGGCCCCCCUGAGGGGCGAGGCCACCUCUGCCGGUGGGCGGGGCCUCUCCCCAUCGCCCCGCCCCCUCCCGCUGCAAGCUCCACCCCCCGGUGGGGGGGGUCUGCUUCGGGGGGGACAUUGCCCCUUUAAGAACGGGGGGGUGGUCCCUACUUGGCGUUACCCCUUUGAGGCCUGGGCAGAUCCCCCAGGAGGGUGUUGCCCCUUUAAGACGGGUUUAAAUCCCCCCUUUGGGCGUUGCCCCUUUAAGGAGGUCGCGGUCCCCACCCUGCCGUUGCCCCUUUAAGACCGGGGGUGGGCUCCCCCCAGGACGCCGUUGCCCGUUUAAGAACGGGUUUGACACCACCUUUGGGCGUCGCCCCUUUAAGACGAAGGUGAGGCCCUCCCCAGACUCCGUUUCCUCUUUAAGACGGGUUUGAAACCCCCCUCGGGCGUUGCCCCUUUAAGGCGGUCGCGGUUCCCCCCCCUUGUGUCGUUGCCCCUUUAAGGGGGGGAGGGUCCCGCAUGCGGCCCCCCCCUCAAUAAACAAACCCCAACCGCCA